AUGGCAUUUCCUUUGGAAAUUCUUUUGUUCUUUCUUAUUGCAUUGCCAAUUUCUGAUGUGCAUGCAGACAUCAUUAUCUCCCCAAUUUUGAAGAGGUCACAAGAAGGAAACUCCGGAACAUUUGGAGGAGCUUGUGGGUAUCAAGAUGUGGUUAAAGAAGGUUAUGGGCUUGACACAACAGCAUUGAGCACAGCUUUGUUCAACAAUGGCCGGACAUGUGGGGCAUGUUUCCAGAUCAAAUGUGUAAACUCUCAAUGGUGUAAAGGCCAAUCCUCUAUUUAUGUCACAGCCACCGACCUUUGCCCUCCAAAUUAUAGUAUACCAAGUGACAAUGGAGGAUGGUGCAACCCACCACGCAAGCACUUUGACUUAGCCAUCCCUGCAUAUCUCAAAUUUGCAGAAUACAGGGGUGGCAUUGUGCCAGUCAUAUAUCGCAGGGUACCAUGCAAGAGGGAGGGAGGUAUUAGGUUCACCAUGAAUGGGAAUCCUUAUUUCAAUCUAAUAAAAGUGUGGAAUGUUGGAGGAGCUGGGGAAAUAGUAAGAGUGCAAGUGAUGAAGGAUGAUGGCAAGUUCAAAUGGACAGAUUUGAGGCGAAAUUGGGGUCAGAAUUGGGAUACAGAUGUUAGGUUAGUGGGAGAGAGAUUGAGCUUCAGGGUGACAGCAAGUGAUGGAAGGUCCAGUGUCUCAAGGCGUGUCGCCCCUAAGUAUUGGCAGUUUGGUCAGACCUAA